AUGGAGUAUCAGGCCAUCGCCUUCAUAGGUAACGACCUAUUUGCCGUGAGAAAGGAACAUGAUUCAUUGCAACCUGUGCUUGUGCAAAUUGACACAAGUGACAUUGGAAACGUUGUGCAUAAGGUUUCAAUUGGUGGUGAUAUUUCACGAGUGGAUACUAUGACUUCCGAUUGGGUUGGACAUCGCUUACUGUUAGUAUCCGGUCAGGCGCUGUAUCAACUCCCCUUGGAUGCCUUUCUAACUACUUCAUUGCUUACACCAAGGAAGUUGAUCGAACUCACAACUGGAGCGACAGAUGCAAAACAACUCACCUUCGAUCCUUUUAAAAAGUAA